AUGUCUUCACCAAAACCAUCCAGCGUGAGAGAGUUAGAGAAUUCUUUCCCAGAUAAAGGUCUGGAGGCAAUUCCAGAUAUCCAGCAGGAAUAUAUAGAAGCUGGCUUGAGCAUCGAGGACGCGCAUUUCCUUGCCAACUUUUCAGAUGAAAGGAGGAAAAAGUGUGUUCGAAAGGUGGAUUGGCGCCUCUGCUCCGUGUUGAUGGUUCUAUAUCUUUGUUCCUACAUUGACCGAGCAAAUAUUGGAAAUGCUAAAAUCGAAGGCCUACUACCAGAUUUGAAUAUGUCCGGUACCCAAUACAACAUUGCUCUGGCAAUCUUCUUUGUCCCUUAUGUGUUGUGUGAGAUUCCUAGCAACAUUUUACUUGGUAAAUUCAAGAAACCAUCGGCUUAUUUGGGGUUCUUGGUAUUUGCCUGGGGCACCAUUGUGACGGUUACGGGGGUCGUCCAAAGCUUUUCCGCUCUUUGUGCAGUUCGUUUCCUCCUAGGUGUUUUUGAGGCUGGAUUCUUCCCAGCAGCUGUCUGGCUGGUUUCUCGAUGGUAUCUGCAGCAUGAAACCCAAACCAGACUUGCGCUUUUCUAUACAGCAAGUUCCCUAUCUGGUGCGUUCUCUGGGCUUCUCGCAUAUGGCCUCACCAAGAUGGAUGGCGUCGGUGGCUAUGCUGGCUGGAGAUGGAUCUUCAUUAUCGAAGGGGCCACGUCUGUGCUCCUGGCGUUUCUCUGUUACUUCUGUCUCGUGGAUUCGCCCGAGCUUUCCACCAAAUGGCUCGAACCAGAUGAGAUUCGAUAUUUUUUGCUGCGGAAACAAGCCGAGAGAGGGCGCGUGGUGGUUGAUGAAAACCCAGAUAAAUUCGACUGGAAAACUUUGUUGAGUGUUUUCAAGGACUCGCAUCUAUACCUGCAGGUCCUCAAUAUCUGGUCCAACACGGUUCCAAAUUACGGUCUGAAGUUUACUCUUCCCCAAAUUAUGAGAAACAUGGGAUAUACUGCUGCCAAUGCUCAGCUGCUCUCAGUACCGCCAUACGUCGCUGGUGCGAUAUCUGCCUAUCUAUUUGCACUCCUUGCGGACAGAUUGAGAUGGCGUAUGCCGAUCAUUGUCACUGGCCAACUCCUGGUGAUUAUUGCAUUUGCGGUCCUAUUCUCACUAGCCGAAAAUAUCAAGGACAACAUUGCGGUUUGCUAUUUCGCAGUUGUUCUCGCUUGCAUUGGACUAUACCCAAUCAUACCCGGAACCAAUGCGUGGACAUCCAACAACCUCGCUGGACCAAGAAAGCAAGGCAUGGGAAUUGCUUUCAUGCUAAGCAUUGGAAAUGCAGGCGGCCUCGUGGGUUCAUUUAUCUACAUUGAACGUGAGGCUCCCAUGUACCCCACCGGGUUUGGAUGCUCAUUUGCGUUUGCCGCAGCAGGGGUGAUGGCAAGUAUCAUUCUGGAAAUCAAACUCUGGUAUACCAAUAAACGGAACGCUGAGAUGAGCCGGGAGGAGGUUUAUGAGAAAUAUACCGAUGAGGAGUUACAGCUGAUGGGCGACCGGUCGCCGUUGUUUAAGUAUAUACUUUGA